AUGUCCGGGGUCUGUCUGCGGCUGGGUUCCCCGUCGCCCGAGAGCCGGAGCAGUGCCGUCGUGUCCCUGCUCAGCCACGCCAGGACCCCGAAGGUGCCGUACAGCGAGCAGAAGCGCUCGCUGAGCGCCGCGCUGCUCGACGACGCCCGCUUCGCUUCCAACGGAGAGCUCCUGCAAACCAUGGAGAAGGGAGUCAUGUACCCCGUGGUGCACCUGCUCGAGCUGCCCGGGCCCUUCGCUCCUCUGGACGACCAGCUUCUGGGCCAGGACUACUUCGGCGACCACUUUGCACUCCAGCAGGGUAUCUACGAGGAGAUCCGGCAGCAUGUGCUCUACGACCAGAAGCACUACACGCGGCCCAACGAGCGGAGCACGGCCUACAUACUGGCCGGCUUCAAGGUGCUGGACGGCACCUUCCGCGACGUCAUGGAGGACAACUGGAAGGACUGGACCGGCGCCCGGAGCCUCUACAUCAACCUCAACCAGGAGUUCGGGCUCCACCGGUUCUCGCUGUUCAGGCGCACCUGUCCCUCGGCAGACUUCGCCACCUUCUCGUACGUCAUGCUCGUCGAGUGUCGGUCCGUCAGCGCGGACAACGCCGUGGGACUGCUGGACUUCGUGCAGCGUUUUCGGUCGCACCGGAUGUCCGGUUAUCUGUCCGUCUACGCCGUCCGCCAUCUGGGGCUCGAGUCGUACAGCAGCUCGAGGUCGGGCCUCCCGCUAAACGUCAACGCCCGGUCCGACUGGUGGAAAGUGGUCCAGGACGCUGUGGCAUCGAGCAGCGCCGGAAGCACGUCUGACCUGUCCUCCACGUCCGAGUCGACCAGCUCCGAGGACAGGCUCCCAGCGCCGAAGAGUAGUUACCAAGCGGCCCGCGUCGCCAAUCUGCCUGUGCUGUCCCAACUCCCGGCCGUUGAGGAGACGAGACGGUUGGUGAACGCCGGUCGGAGAUGGCAGCAGGGCAGUCCCAUGACGCCCAUCUACGAGAACCAGCCGGGUUACAGAACACCCUCUGAGUUGGGAACGACCAUAAUCUCGAGGUCGGCGUCAUCCAACGAUUCCACCAACGGCCUCGGAGAGACGGACCUGUCUUAUUCGGUUGGUGAUUCGUCCGUGCUGAGCAGCACUGUCGGCAGCGGCUCGGACAUGGAGAUGGAAGCGUCUGGUUGGGACCCCCGUCCGUCUAAGGGGAGUGUGCGGCGAGUGUGGUUCGAAGACUGCUGUCUUCUGGAGGAUGUGAUAGCGCAGGCAGCUGAACGCUGUAGCCAGCAGCAUGUCGAUCGGUGCGAGACGCGGGGUACUUCUUCGCGCUCUGUCGCCGCGAGAGCGAAAGAAUAUCACGAGUUGGAUGAGAUGCUUCGAAACCUUCAGUGCGUCAGCGUCGCUCCUCAGCAGUCGGUCCGAAGAAAGCUGUGGUGAAACAUGUUUCACUCGGUACCUACCAGUGGCGUAUGACCAAAAACGCACUGAUGACACAAUUCGUAUCGACGCACACGUAGGGAACAAAUUAGGCGUGGGUGUACGAAAAAACUUUUGGCGAAUUUGCGGCCUUUAUGCACGGUACCGUUUGCGCGAUGCAGCUUGCACAAUGAAGUUUGAGAGUUCAUGCACGAUGCAGUUUGAGAGUUCGUGCACGAUGCAGUUUGAUAGUUAUUUCUAUCUAUACUAAGAUCGAAUCUCUUGAAGUCGUUAAUAAGAACCAGAAGUGUGAUGUGCGCGCUUCAGCAGUGCUGCCGGAUUUUUCCCUAUAUAUAAGGUUUGAGGGCAUUCUGUACGCAGUUGUAAGGGUAGCUACUGCAAAAGUUAUUGGGUUAGUAUACUGUAUACUUGAGCUGACAUGCAAUUAAGUUACAAAUUGAGUUACAGAAUGCUCUUUGCAAUUGUAGCUAGCUACAGCAAAAAACGAAGUGACAUAAAAUUACUUGUGAACUGCUUCAGUAGGUGAAUGUUAUGGC